CUAGCGUCCGCCCUCAUUCCCGAUCCAUCUGUUAUUUGAAGCUUCAAAUUGUAAACCCUAGAUCCAAUACAAUUUCAGACGUUAAAAAAUUUGUACCGCCUUAUUGAAUUCUUUCAGUUUUGUAAUUGUAUUUCAAUUUCUCCUUCAAAUUUUAGCUAAUCAUGUUGAAAAUAAUGACCCCGAAGAAAGGAAGAAUCAAGCGAAACCUAGAGAAACGUGCCCCUAAACUAGUGGAGACUGGGAAGAAGACGUUAAUCCUACACGGCACAAAAACUAGCAGUGUGUUGAAUUCGGUACUGACUGAAAUAUAUCAUCUGAAGAAAGAAAAUGCGGUCAAGUAUUCGCGGAGAAAUGACAACAUUAGACCAUUCGAGAGUGGUGGUGAAAGUUCUCUGGAAUUUUUUUCACUUAAAACAGACUGCAGUUUGUUUGUGUUUGGUUCUCACUCUAAGAAGCGGCCAAACAAUCUUGUUAUUGGACGAACCUAUGAUCACCACGUUUAUGAUCUUGUAGAGAUUGGGGUUGAAAAUUUCAAAAGCAUGAACUCUUUCACAUACGAUAAGAAAUUGGCCCCUCAAAUUGGGUCUAAACCCUUUUUUGCUUUUAUUGGAGAAGGUUUUGAGAGUGUUGAAGAGCUGAAGCAUUUAAAAGAAAUUUUACUCGAUUUGUUCCAUGGAGAGGUUGUGACUAAUUUGAACCUUGCUGGACUGGACCAUGUUUAUGUAUGCACCGCUAUAUCUUCAAACAAAGUAUUCUUCACUCAUUGUGCACUGCGACUUAAAAAGUCUGGCACUAUAGUGCCAAGGAUGGAGUUGGUUGAAGCUGGUCCAUCCAUGGAUAUGGUGGUUCGAAGACAUCGUCUUCCUGAUGACAGCCUGAGAAAAGAAGCCAUGAAGAUUGCCCCUGAAUUAACAAAGAAAAAGGAGAAAAAUGUUACCAAAGAUGCAAUACAAGGGAAAAUUGGGAAGAUUUAUAUUCCAGAUCAAAUGGUUGGAAGCGUGGUGCUGCCUAACAAAGCAAAGGGAGUGAAGAGGGAGCGAAGGGAAGCUAAAAUGAAAGACGAGGCGAACAGGCCUAAAGAAAAGAAGCAGAAACAGCAUUCUGAGUGAUUCCAUUUGGGCUUUAGUAGCAGCCGUAACUUAUUUGAGUGUAACUUCCUUUGCUUUGCAAAUGGGACAAGGCAAUUUUGGUUCCAGAUUUAAUUGGUUAAUGCAAUUAUAUCAUCUCUCAGCGGUUUACUAAUUGAUGGUGAUUAUGUUAUACACACGUUUGAUAUAAAUCUAAAGAAUAAGCUAUUGAUACAUAA